ACAGAUGUGUCUGUAUCAGGAUGGGUCUAAACAACAUGGUGUAAAUGCAGUUGCUGGUGAGCCUCAUUUCCUGUAGGAGGUGAACAAGAGCAGAGAUCUGUUUCCCUUCAGAGCACAGAGGUUGUUUCUGUUCAGAGAAAGUCAAACUGUCUGACAGUCACUGAGAGACGGUGAAACGGCACAGCACAUGAAUCAAAUGGACCAAAUAAAAUUCUGCUGUUCAGUCUGUUUGGAUCUACUGAAGGAUCCGGUGACUAUUCCCUGUGGACACAGCUACUGCAUGAACUGUAUUAAAACCCACUGGGAUGGAGAGGAAAACAGGAAAAUCUACAGCUGCCCUCAGUGCAGACAGACUUUCACAGCGAGGCCUGUCCUGGUGAAAAACACCAUGUUAGCAGAAUUAGUGGAGGAGCUGAAGAAGACUGGACUCCAAGCUGCUCCUGCUGAUCACUGCUAUGCUGGACCUGAAGAUGUGGCCUGUGAUGUCUGCACUGGAAGAAAAAUCAAAGCCUUCAAGUCCUGUUUAUUCUGUCUGGCAUCUUUCUGUAAGGAACACCUUCAGCCUCAUUAUGAUGUGGUUCCAUUAAAGAAACACAAGCUAAUGGAACCAUCCAAGAAGCUCCAGGAGAACAUCUGCUCUCGUCAUGAUGAGGUGAAGAAAAUGUUCUGCCGUACUGAUCAGCAGAUUAUCUGUUAUCUCUGCUCUAUGGAUGAACAUAAAGGCCACGACACAGUCUCAGCUGCAGCAGAAAGGACUGAGAGGCAGAGAGAGCUGGAGGUGAGUCGACAAAACAUCCAGCAGAGAAUCCAGGACAGAGAGAAAGAUGUGAAGCUGCUUCAACAGGAGGUGGAGGCCAUCAAUCAGUCUGCUGAUCAAACAGUGGAGCACAGUGAGAAGAUCUUCACUGAGCUGAUCCAUCUCAUCCAGAAAAGAAGCUCUGAUGUGAAGCAGCAGAUCAGAUCCCAGCAGGAAGCUGAAGUGAGUCGAGUCAAAGAGCUUCAGGAGAAGCUGGAGCAGGAGAUCACUGAGCUGAAGAGGAAAGAUGCUGAGCUGAAGCAGAUAUUGAAGCAGCUCUCACACACAGAGGAUCACAUCCAGUUUCUACACAACUACCCCUCACUGUCAGCACUCAGUGAGUCUACAGACUCAUCCAGCAUCAAUAUCCGUCCUCUGAGCUACUUUGAGGAUGUGACAGCAGCUGUGUCAGAGGUCAGAGAUAAACUACAGGACAUUCUGAGAGAGGAAUGGACAAACAUCUCACUGACAGUCACUGAAGUGGAUGUUUUACUGUCAGAUCCACCAGAGCCAAAGACCAGAGCUGGAUUCUUAAAAUAUUCAUGUGAAAUCACACUGGAUCCAAACACAGCAAACAAACAGCUGUUAUUAUCAGAGGGGAACAGAAAAGCAACAUUAAUGAAUCAACAACAGUCUUAUUCUGAUCAUCCAGACAGAUUCACUGUACGAUAUCAGGUCCUGAGUAGAGAGAGUCUGACUGGACGUUGUUACUGGGAGGUGGAGUGGAGAGGGAGAGGAGGUUAUGUAGUAGUUUCGUAUAAGAAUAUUAUCAGAGAAGAUUGUGGGAAUGAAUCUAAAUUUGGACAUAAUGACAAAUCUUGGGCAUUAAAUUGUUAUCAAAACCGUUAUAAAUUGUGGUACAACAACAUCCAAACUCCUGUCUCAGGUCCUCGUUCCUCCAGAGUAGGAGUGUACCUGGAUCACAGAGCAGGUAUUUUGUCCUUCUACAGCGUCUCUGAAACCAUGACUCUCCUCCACAGAGUCCAGACCACAUUCACUCAGCCGCUCUAUGCUGGACUUUGGCUUUACUGCAAUUUUGGAGACACUGCUGAGUUCAUUAAACUCAAGUAGAAUGAAGUAUUUUGGUAUUGUCUAAUAUUGUUGUAUUUUACUUUUAUACAAUGGUGACAUGCUUGAAUCCCUGUUGGAUUCUGAAAUCACAUAUCCGGAUGUUUGCACUCAUGGAGAUUCUGCUAGUUUUAUUAAACUGAAAUAGAUCAAAAUCUUUCAUAUUGUUCUGCUUUUUAAUCUAUAAUAUAUCGUUAUUGUUUUUUCUCUCCAUGCUGGUUGUGGCAUUUCUCAACACCACAGAGAUCAGCUGUCAGUCAAACAAAACAAACAGUUUUUGUUUGUUUUGGGGUUGUUUGUUAAGACUGUCACAGUCCUGCGUCUGCCACCCAGUGUUUUGAGUUUUGUACUAUUAUUGAUUUUUGGUUUUGGUUUUCAGUAUUAUUUUCAGUGCUCUGCUUCUGUGUCUCAGGCUCUUCGUUCCCGGGGUUCAGGUUUUCAUAACGUUUACUACCUUCCUCAUGUUCUUUUAGUUAGUUUAUCCCAGUUCAGGUUCUGUCUGUCUAAGACUUUGUUUGGAUUUUGCCUUUCACUUUAAAUAAAUUCACUCACAGCUGCGCUGUUGUCAGUGCCUCUUCUCUCCACAUGGUUGCCUGGCUAACCGUGACAUAGACAGUUUGGGUUUUGGGGGUUAUGAUUUUUUUUUAAGUUAGUUCAAAAGUGUUUUAUGACAUUUAGUUUUUACACAUCUUCCUGCAGGUUGACAACUAAAGUCUGUGAACUGAGGUCAACACAAGAGGGCGCCUUCAUCCUGCUAACAGAGGAGCUGGGAACUCACACAAGUGCAGGAAGAUGAAGUUUGGAGCACUUUGGCAACAGUGGAAAUAAAAACUCCCUUUUAAAGCAAAGAAACCUCCAGCAGAACCAGGCUCUGCAGUGCCCAGUUGGGACUGAGGGAGGAGGACAUGAUAAACACACCCACCCACUCCACCAUGCCAUGUUAUAUUCUUCACUUCUAUUGUGCACUUUUUCACCCAGAACGUUAGACUCACGUGCAGUUUCCACAUGUAAAAAAUAAUUAAAAAUCUGAAUGUG